AUGUUUGAACUCAGGCAAAAUAAAUACCACAACUACAUAACCAUAUAUACUGAUGGUUCAUCAACAGCAACAUCGACCACCUGUGCCUACAUUUAUAAUGAAGCAGAGACUCACAAAUUCAAAUUGAAUUCACUGAACUUCACGGCCGAAGCACUGGCAAUUGAUCAAGCAUUAAAGUACGUACAGUUGAAUAAAGAAAAACUUCAUAAAAUUCUAAUAGCAUCUGACUCUUUGAGCACACUAAAAGCGAUUCAAAAUGAAAAUACGCAAAACUCACUUAUACAAACCAUACAACAGAAACUUUAUACCCUCACCGAAACUUAUCAUCUAACAAUCACACUGCUAUGGAUACCAAGCCACAUUAAUAUUCCAGGAAACGAACUAGCAGACAAAGCAGCCAAGGACGCUCACUGUAAUGGAACACCCCUCCAAACAACUAUAAGCCAAAAUGCCAUAAAUGCAAUAAAGCUACUCCUUAAAGAAAAACGCGAUCAACAAUGGUCUCGAAUUACACAAAACAAACUCCGCAACAUUAAAGAAAAUACAACCGAAUGGCAAACAAGUUAUCAAAACAAAAGACAACAUGAAAUAGCACUUACACGUUUAAGGACCGGACAUACAAAAAUUACACAUUCAUACAUUCUAAAUAAAACUCCUCAACCGAUAUGUGAACUAUGUCAAGAACCAAUAACAGUGAAUCAUAUACUAAUAAGAUGUAGAAAACUAGAACGUAUUCGAACAAAAACAAACUUCCCUGAUACGAUAGCUAUUGCACUCGGAGACGACCAGGACACCAUCAAUAUGGUGUCCUGGUCAUUAUUCUCGUUCCUCCAGCAAACAGGAUUACUGAAUCAAAUAUAA